GGAAGCUGCGCAGCCUCAGUCAGUCUGAGCUUCAUGACGCUGGUGUUGUGUUGACCCGGUUUAUCUGCUGCUCUGUGGAGCAACAACACCGGUAAUUAGACCGUGUAGCCGUGAUGUAGCACCAAGCAGCGGGACUUUAGCCUCCUGACACCAGCUAACCGCCGCCUAUGCUCACUCCUCCGGCCCGGGGAGCGUCCGUGAAGCCAAACCGCCGUCCACUAGCUAAAGCUAAGCUAACCACCAGCCUGCCGUUUGUGAGUCUGCCAUGUUCAGUUAUUCGUGGUCUUCGCCUCAGCCCGCUGUGUGACCCGCAGGUGAACCUGCCAACCCGGGCUUCGUGUGUGAGGGCGGCCCACGAGAGGACACACCGCCGCAGACAUGUGGCAGAGCCUCGGUCUCACGCUGCUGGUCAUCGUGGCCACGCUCAUCUGCGCCCUGCUCUUCAUGCUGUUCGGUUGGUACGUGGUCUGGCAGCUCUUCCUGUCCAAGUUUAAGUUUCUACGGGAACUCGUCGGCGAUGCCGGAACCCCACAGGCCGAAACCCAGCCGGCUGAAACCAAAAGCAGUGCCAUGACGAGGAGCCGGCCCCGGACCAUUCGCCAAAGAGUCGCCUUCCCAGAGAGCACCUCCUAGACCAGCCAACGUCCUCAUCAACCCUCGACCUCACAGGGAACUUUGCACCGACACAUUUAAAGGGAGAAGGUGGCUGCGUUCAUUAGGGUCACAGGUUUCAAGACCAGUGAUGGCUGAGCCCACCCCGUGUGCUGAACUCACCCUUUUGCAUCACAUGACCACCCUGUCUGUUUUUAGAAACAUUUACACCAAAUGUUGAUCACAUGACCUGGUCAGCUGACCUGGACCUCAGCAGUAUUUACACCAUCCUGUCACUCAUUUUAUUUGCUCCAAAUAAAUAACAGGAAACAGGAA